CAAAACACAGUAUUCAGUUAACGAACGAAACGAAAAGCGAGCGGAUUUCCCCUCAGAAUCGAGUGAAAUUAAAAUAAAAAAUAAAAAUAAAAGCCCCAGGGCAAUUGGCUUUUUUUAAAAGACCCAUUAUCGCUGGGCUAUCGGGAAAUAAACGAGUUGCAAACCCGUCGCGAAAUUCUAUUGUCCGGCCCAAUCGUUCAGUUGGCCAACGGACGUCGCGUACUGCAAAAGGCACUCAACCCGAAAGUUAGAUCGAUUUAAAUCCCGCAUCCGGGGCGUGAGAAUAUAGUGAUAUAAGCGAACUGCAACAUGUAUCCACCACCGCCUGCGACGAGAAUCAAGCACUUUGGCUCCCUCAGAACGGCUGCAGUUUGGGCCGGAAUUCUCGGAGUGGCUCAGUCUAUCAUCUGGAUGGGUCUGACCAUUACAGCGAUAUGUGCCUUCAAUUGUGUGCUUUACAUUACGAAUGACCUUAGUUAUGGGACCAUGGUCAAGACGGUCUUCUUCGAUCUGUACUUCAAGGGCGGCUGCAAAAUGAACCCCGCCGAUUACCAGAACUACGACCAAACUAUCCUGAAUUCAGUGACGACCGUCUUCGAUCCUACUCAAAUUUUGAUCUGGGAUUCCGUAUACCUCGGCGUUUCUGUCUGCUGGCUCAUCGUCUCCAUUGUGCUGCUACUGUGGGUGCGCAAGGACAACGUGAAGCAGACCCUGACUGCCAUAUACACUUGGGCCUUUUUCGUGGCCGCCAUCUGCUGCAUGGACAUUGCCUCCGGAGUGAUCUUUGGCGUCGACUACGGACGCUUCCAUGAGGCGGCUCUGAAGUAUAAUGCCAAUAGUAUUAAUGCCGGUACCAUCGAUCCCAUGGCUGCCACCUUGAUGGCCGGCGGAGUGGCCGCCAUUUCCAUGAUGAUCAUCUCCUUCAAGGGAUUCGUUCUGUGGUUCAUCAACUUCGGGCUGCUCGUGUAUCUGCUCAUGAGAGCCACUCGCAUUGCCACCGAUAAGGAUGGUGUGGAUACUUUGUUCAAUCCUCGCAAGGAUUCCAAUGAUAUUCUGACCACCCGGGCGCCGAUUCGCGCCUACGAGGAAGAGAAGGUGGAGGUCCAGGCGUAUAACAAUGCCGCCUACGUUCCGGAUAACCGCUCCAUUGCGGAGACCAUCGAGGUGAACGAAGGCGCCAUUGUGCGGGCGGCGCACAUGUCGAUGGACUCGAAUCUGAUGGACCGCCGAUUCCGGGACAUCAACGCCUUCCAGCAAUAUCCGGCCCCCAAUCCGCAGGCGAGUCGUCCGUUGCGCCAACAGUCGCAGGUUCCGGUGCAGGAGACCAUUGUGGUGGCCACCUCGGGAUUCCCCAUGCCCGACUACUCGCCACAGCCCAGUCCGAAUGGAAUUCUGCGCCCCCACCAGUACUGAGUACUGAGUACUAAGCCCAUUGGCGCCCCUCCGAAAAGCCCUCUUCCAUAUUAUAAUUCUCAAAUAAUCCCCCAAGUGACAGCUAAAGUUUAGUUCAAAUUUUAUCAGCGUGGACAAUUGUUCUGCUUGGUUAUUCUUAUUUAUUUGCAUGUUUAUAACAAAAUAAGUGUACAGUUGUAAAUAAAUGAAACCGUUAUAGUUAUUUGCACCACCACUGGGAUGAGAUAACGAAUACGGGAUGAGAGUAUCGGAAGGUAGCUUAAAAAUGA